AUGGACGCCUCCUCCCUCCGCAUCUCCAAGUUCGAUGGAACUAACUUCCACGCCUGGAAGUUCAAGAUGCAGAUGGUGCUGGAGGAACGGGACCUAUGGGAGGUCGUCAGCGGUGAGAUCAAGGCGGAACAGUGCGAGACUCAGUUGGACCAAGCGACGUACAAGAGGAAGUCAAGAAAGGCGAUGGCAGUGAUCUGUCUAGCCAUGGAAGAUUCCCAGCUACCGUUGGUCCGGUCGGCAAGUGGUGCAUGCGACGCAUUGCCAAGGUUGGAAGACCACUUCGAGAAGAAGAGUCUUGCCAACAAGCUGUUCUUGCGCCGUCGCUUCUUCACGACGAUGAUGGAAGAAGGCGACGAUGUGCUCGAACACAUCAACAAGCUCAAGACGCUGGCGGAACAGCUAGAAGCGGUGGGGGCUCCAGUCUGCGAGGACGAUCUGGUGAUCACACUUCUCGGCAGCCUGAGUGACUCGUAUCAAUUCUUGAUCACAGCUUUGGAGUCGCGCUCAGACACUCUUAGCUGGGAGCUCGUGACGUCUCGACUGCUUCAUGAAGAAAUGAAGCGGAAGGAGCAAGGAAGUAAAGGUGAUGAAGCUUCGCAAGGUCAAGCGUUCAUCACAAGGGACAAUCAGCGCAAAGGGCGACCAGUGAAGAAGUCCUGGCCGUGCCACAAUUGCGGAAAGAUUGGUCACUGGAUGGCGGAGUGCCCCUCGCGCAUCCAAGAAAACACGGAGAGACACCGGCCACAGCGUGCUCAAGACAGCGGCGACCGCUAUCGAUCACAACGUGCAAACGUCGCUCAAGAAGAAGACUCGGGCGACUACCUUUUUCGAUCGGUGAAACGACAUCUGCGAAAUCGAGCGACAUCUGGCUGGUCGACUCCGGGGCGACGCAGCACAUGA